CUGCUGCUGCUGUCCAGCCCACAGCCGCCAUUGAACCCUCCCAGCUGAGUGUCCAGCCGGGCCAACCAGCCGAGUUUCGCUGCAUCGUGACCGGAAGCCCAGAGCCCACCAUAGAAUGGAUCGGAGGACCCGGGGGCGUGAUUUCCCCCAAGGCUGUUAUCCAGGGUGGGACCCUGCGCUUCCCUGCGGUGGAGCCUGCCGACGAGUCCCAGUACCUGUGCCGAGUGCGAAAUAGUGUUGGGCAGCACAUGGCCCGAGCUUUCCUGCAAGUGCAACGCACCAGCGUCCCCCAAGUGCAGGUGAGCCCCGAACGGACCGAGGUGCAGGAGGGCAGCACCGUCAGACUGUACUGCCGGGCUGCGGGCUCCCCAGCGGCCACCAUCACCUGGGAGAAAGAGGGCGGCAGCUUGCCUCCCCAGUCCCACUCUGAGAGAACCGACUUCUCCACCCUGGUGAUUCCCUCCAUCACGGCCGCCGACGGAGGGGUGUACCUGUGUGUGGGCAGCAGCCCGAUGGGAGUCGGCAGAGCCCGCAUUGAAGUGGCAGUCAUUCGGGCGUCCGGCGUCUCACCCAUUGUCAAGAUCGAACCUUCAUCUUCUUCGGUCACUGAAGGCCAGGCCUUGGACCUGAAUUGCGUGGUGGCCGGCCACCCUACAGCAUCCGUCGUGUGGUACCGGCGGGGAGGGGCCCUGCCAGCCAACCACCAGAUCUACGGGUCCCUCCUGCGAAUCUUGGAAGUCUCGGCCGCUGACUCGGGGGAAUACGUCUGCCGAGUCAGCAACGGAGCCGGCCCGAAGGAAGCCUCCAUCAAGGUGACCAUCCAAAAGAGCCACACCUCCUCCCAAGGGCCAGUCCGGAUCGACUCUUCCUCUUCUUCCAUCACCGAGGGUCAGUCCUUGGACCUUGCCUGCCAGGUCACUGGCCUCUCGCAGCCCAGAGUCACUUGGUACAAGCGGGAAGGGCCCCUCCCAGCUAAUCACAAGAUUUCCGGUCUCCGUUUGAGGAUUCUAAAAGCCACAGCAGCCGACUCGGGAGAAUACGUUUGUCGGGUGACGGAUGGUGACAGCAGCAGCGUUCGAGAGGCCUCCAUAGUGAUCACUGUGCACAGCAGCUCCAAAACCUCGGGAGUUACGCCUCCACUCUGGAUCGAGCCUUCGUCGCUCUCCCUUGUCCCAGGACAAACCUUGGACUUGAAUUGUGUCGUGGCCGGCCAAACCGGUGCCACCAUCACGUGGUACAAACGAGGCGGAUCCUUGCCAGCCGGCCACCAGGUGUCCGGUUCCCACCUGCGCCUCACGCGGCUCUCCCCGGCUGACCUGGGGGAAUACGUCUGCCGCGUCAGCCUGGAUUCCCUCACCCGAGAAGCUUCCGUCCUCAUCUCCCUCACCCGCUCUUCUUCCACCUUCGGCGUGGCUCCUCCGGUGAGCAUCAAGGCCUCCUCGUCCGCCAUAGCUGAAGGGCAAACGCUGGAGCUGGACUGUGUGGUUGCCCAUCCGGAGCAGGCCAGGGUUACCUGGUACAGAAGGGGCGAAGCCCUGCCAGCUCACCACCAGGCCUCGGGAACUCGCUUGCGUCUGGUCAAGGUCUCUCCCGCUGAUUCCGGAGAGUACGUUUGCCGGGUCAGCUCCGACGCCGCCAGCCACGAAGUCUCUGUCUUGGUCACCGUCCAACAGCAGGAGGGCAGCCCUACUUUCCCCGCUGGGGUGACCCCUCCUGUACGGAUCGAGCAUUCUUCCACCGCACUCUCCCAGGGCCACACCUUAGACCUGAAAUGCAUCGUGGCUGCCUCUGUGCCGCAAGCAAAAGUCACCUGGUAUAAGCGAGGAGGGGCCCUUCCUGCCAGACACCAGGCCUCUGGCUUCCUCCUGCGCAUCCCACAGGCUUCACCAGCGGACUCUGGGGAAUACGUCUGCCGCGUGAGCCACGGCUCGGUCAUUCACGAGGCUUCGCUGGUGGUGACCAUCACAGGUCAAACGGGCCCUUACUCUGUGGGUGUCACUGCCCCCAUCAGGAUCGAUAGUUCUUCCGCAGUCAUCUCCGAGGGGCAGACCUUGGACCUCAACUGCCUGGUAGCCGGCCAGUCCCAACCCAGGGUCAUGUGGUACAAGCGUGAGGGUGCCCUCCCCGUCCACAGUCAGAUUUUCGGAACCCGCCUCCGGAUCUCUCAAGUUUCAGCGGCCGAUUCGGGCGAGUACGUCUGUUACGUGAACGAUGGCACCAGCCGACUGGAGACGUCCACCAUCGUAUCCAUUGCCAGCAGCUCAGGCGGUCCACCCACGCCUGGAGUGAUCUCACCAAUACAGAUUGAAUCCUCCUCCUCGUCCCUCGCCGAGGGGCAGACCAUGGAGCUGAACUGCCUUGUGCCUGGCCAGACGCACCCCAAAGUCAGCUGGUUCAAGAGAGGGGGACCCCUCCCACCGAACCACCAGGUCUCGGGCACUCGCCUCCGCAUCCCGCAGGUCUCUUCCGCCCACUCCGGCGAGUACGGCUGCCGCGUCAUCAGCCCCAACGCCAUCCAGGAGGCGGUGUUGGUGGUCACCAUCCAGGACAGCGAAGGCCCCUCCCACCCUGUGGGAGCUGCUCCAGUCCUGAGGAUCGAGGCUUCCUCCUCCUCCGCCGUCGAAGGAGAGACCCUGGAUCUGUCAUGCGUUGCUCCAGGCCAGCCCCAGGCCACAUUCACCUGGUAUCGGCGAGAUGGUCAACUGCCUGCGGGUCACCAGAUCUCCAAUGCCCACCUGCGACUGGUCCGACUCACCCCCGCCGACUCUGGCGAAUACGUCUGCCGUGUGAGUGGAGGCCGCGUCCCGCAAGAGACGUCUUUCGUGGUCUCCGUCGUAGCCAACACCAGUCCUACUUCCCGUCUGCAGAGCCCCAUCAUCUCCAUCGAACCCCACAGCGUGGUGGUGCGUGGAGGGGAAGACACCUCCUUCAGGUGCCACGUCCACAAAGGCACCCCACCUCUCAAUAUCACCUGGAAGCUGCCCAACAACCGGCUGUUAGAUAACGUGAGGAUCAGCCCUAACGGCUCUGCGAUCACCAUCUCCAACGCCCGUCUGGAAAACCACGGGGCCUACCGCUGUGUGGUCUCCAACCAGUUUGGCAUUGCCAACAGCUUGGUCAACGUCCUGGUGCAAGGGCUGCCUACCGUCUCGGUGGUGCCGAAGGGGCCCCUGCAGCUCAAAGUGGGCAAGUCCAUCAGCGUGGACUGCCUGGCGGACGGAGACCCCCGGGCUGUGGUGCGCUGGACCAAACUGGGGACCUGGAAGAAGCUGGAGAACCAGAGGAUGCUGCCCUUGGAGAGCCGAGCGGUGCUACAGAUCUCCUCCGCAAAGCUGGGAGAUGCCGGCACCUACGUGUGUGUGGCCCAGAACUCAGUGGGCACCACAGAGGCGCAGGUGGAGGUGAGCGUGGAGGCGGUACACGGCAGAAGAGGAGUCCCCGAAAUCCACGUGACUCCCACCCAGACAGUGCAGGCGGGACAGACGGCUCGGCUCCAUUGCUCUGCUACAGGUGACCCGACUCCCACCAUCCACUGGUCCAAGCUGCGGGCUCCGUUACCGUGGCAGCAUCAGGUGGUGAACGACACCCUCAUCAUCCCCCGGGUGGCCCAGCAGGACUCGGGCCAGUACAUCUGCAACGCCAGCAACUCUGCGGGGUUCACCGAAGCCUUCGUGGUGCUGGACGUGGAGAUACCACCCUACGCCACCAGUCUUCCCAACCGGGCAGUGGUGCACGAGGGCGAUGCAGUGCAGCUGCAGUGCCUGGCCCACGGCACACCACCCCUGCGUUACCAGUGGACCAAAGUGAACGGCAGCCUGCCCGGACGGGCCACGGUGCGCGAAGGGGUCUUGCAGUUCAGUCCGGCCGGGCACCAGGAUUCCGGCACCUACCGCUGUCACGUCAGCAACCGGGUGGGCUCCGCUGAGGCUUUGGCCCAGGUCUAUGUGCAAGCCACUGCUGGAGGACCCCUCUCCGUCCAGGUCACCCCUCUGAGCGACACCAAAGCCGUGGGUGCCACAGCAGAGUUUGUGUGCUCCGUAUCCGGGGAUCCCAGGGCGCAAAUCGAGUGGCUGAAAGAGGGCGGAGAGCUGCCUCCCACUCACACCAUCCGCAAUGGAGUGCUGCGGAUCGAGAACCUGAACCCAGAAUGUCAGGGAAUCUACGUGUGUCGGGCCAGGAGUCCCUCUAGCCAGGCCCAGGGCAGGGUCAGCCUGACUGUCCGGGCCCUCCCCAAAGUGAUGAUCAACAUCCGGACCUCGGUGCAGACCGUCCUGGCGGGCAACGCCGUGGAGUUUGAGUGCCUGGCCUUCGGGGACCCCAAGCCAGAACUCACCUGGAGCAAGGUGGGCGGACAGCUGCGCCCAGGAGUGCUGGCCAGCGGAGGCCUGGUGAAGAUCGAGCAGGUGGAGCAGGCCGACGCAGGGAAGUACCGCUGCACGGCCACCAACAACGUCGGCACCGUCCAGUCCCACGUCAUCCUGCAUGUCCAGUCUGUCCCCCAAGUGGCCACCCAGCCAGAAGUGAAGGAGGUUUCCGCGGGCUCCACUGUGGUUUUCCCUUGCUCGGCCUCUGGGUUCCCCGUCCCAGAAAUCAAGUGGACCAAACUGGAAGGGGAGCUGCCCCGACAUGCCCAACUGGACGGCCACAGCCUGACCAUCCCCUCGGCCCGCCAGGAAGACACGGGCGUCUACGUGUGCACGGCGUCCAACCGGCAGGGGAAAGGGACGGCCUUCUCCAUGCUCAAAGUCCGAGAGCGGGUGGUGCCCUACUUUACCCAGAAUCCUCAGUCCUACCUGGUCCUGCCAACCAUGAAGGAUGCUUACCGGGCAUUUGCCCUGGAGAUCACCUUCCGUCCCGACACCCCGGAUGGGAUGCUGGUGUAUAAUGGGCAGAAGAAGAACACAGGCAGCGACUUCGUCUCCUUUGGGCUGGUGGGGGGCCGCCCAGAACUCAGGUGA